ACAAGCUAAAAAAACCCAGUUCCAGUCUGAUGGAGGCACUCAAAAAAACCAAUUUUCGGCCAUCCGAGGCCUCCACCCCUAAGAAAUCAUACGCCGAAGCCGGCGGCAAAGCGAAGAAGGCAACGAAUUUGGGAUCUAUGAAAUAGGACACAACGAUUUAGCUUUCCAGAUUUUAUAUUUUAGUGUUGGCAUCCCAAAUCACUGAAUUGUAAAAUGAUGAAUAUUGAGAUUAUAGGAAGACCCUUUAGAAGCCUACACAGUGUCAUCCUCAGAACCCUAACCGCAUCCAGUUCCCGCCACAUAUGUGGCCUUGCCACGGCUGGGCAAUCCAAUCCUGAAGGGCCGUCAUCGUUGUUUGCAUUCACCGAAAAUGCUCAAAAUACAUCUAGGAAAGAAGACAAUAAUAUCUAUAUAAAUGGACCAAAGAGCUCGUAUUUGCAUCCAGAUUCUUCAUCUGUGACGAUGCCCAUGUCGUUCAUGACUGGCUCAAUUGUGGGCAAGAAGUUUUAUAAGAAGGUGACCACACGUGAAGCCGAUGAUGGUAUUGGUUGGACGGUUUUGCUUGACUAUCGAACCCUAAAAACCCCAGCCAAACGCCCUCUCAAGUGCCCCACUCUUGCUCUUGCUAAAGCUAUUGCUGCUGAAUGGGAAUACCAGGAAACAGAUGGAAUCAGACCCUUUACAAUGCCACUGAUGAAACUUGCUUGUACUGCAUUCGAGAGAGUUCCCCUCACCAGACCUAAGAUUAUUGAAAACUUGAUGAAGAAAUUCAAUCAAGACUUGCUGUUCUGUCGUGCUCCAGGGGACAAUGAUAUCACCGCUUUAGUUCUUGAGCGUCAAAAGGAGAAAUUUGACCCCCUACUUAGCUGGUUGGAGUCAGUGUUUGGCUUCAAGCCAGUCAUACAUUACAGUAUUUUUGGUGGUCAGCAGAAGGAUGGUCUUGUUAAUGCCAUUGCAGACUUUCUUAGAAAAACAAAUGAUUGUGAAUUGGCAGCCAUUGAUGCAAUUGCUGCAUCUGCACACUCUCUUGUCAUUGCAGUUGCUAUGGUUCAUGGUAGAUUGGGAAUCGAUGAGGCAAUUCAAUUGGUCAGGCUUGAGGAAGAUUUGCAGAUUGAGAGAUGGGGUCUGGUCGAAGGCGGGCAUGAUGUUGAUAUUGCUGAUCUGAGAGUGCAGAUCGCUUCUGCUUCUGUGUUUCUUGGGCUCUCAAGGAGCCUUUAGAUUCUUCGGUUCCUCCAAGUUUUCGUGCCGCGUGGUAAUAAUUAUGCAUCUUUCCCUUUUUUUGGUGCAACAUAAAAGCGUUUCUUGACGAAGAUAAACCGACCCCUAACACCAAUGAUGCACUCAAACACCCUAGAGGUUAUGUCACCACUUCUCAUAUGAAACGUUUUGGGGAAUUAUUUUCCAUGGAAUAAUCAUUGAUUCUUCCAGGUUUUGUUUUGAUGCAAGUCUCUUUUGGAUAAAAACACCCAUACAUCAUUUGUAAUUUGUUUUUUUGUCAACUUUACAUCUUUUGUAGUAGCAAUUUGCUUUUGUCAAUUUCUCACAAAAAGUUCUGUGAUAGGAUUGAUACAUUUAUUAAGAAACGGAUGUCUGAAUGGUUAAGAGAUUUGCCUCUGAAUGGUUAAGUAUUAUACAGAGUCUGAAUGGUUAAGACCUCUUAUCUGAAUUGAUCAGACAUUUGCCUCUGAAUAGUUAAGCAAUAUACAAGCUCUUAAUGG